AUGAAGAAGUGGAAGCAAGAGGCCGAGGCGGAGCUCUAUGAGGGCGUGGAGAUCAAGAACCUCACCAGCAAAGCGCUCUCCGUGCCAACUACACACAUGCUCAAGAAGCUCCUCCUCGAAACCAUCAACGCCACUAUGGGUGUCUUCAAUGAAGCAGCAAGAAGGAAGAUCGACUAUGUUCACUGGCUGGACAAUCCUAUGCUUAUGAGCCUCUUCAAGGAGUUCUUCAAGGACCUGAUCCAAGUCAAAGGAGUGAAGAUUGAACUCCGACCUUUCCAUCUUGCAUCAGCAGAGCCGAAGCUUCCAUUGACAUCAUCAUACCUACGGAUGCAAGUGAGAGGCAAUGUGAAAGCAUGGGACAUUCACCCUCCAGAAGAUUUGCGAGAGAUGAGCUUCAGCCAGAUCAACGCAGCACUCGACGAGGAUGACUGGGCAAUCACCAUCUAUGGAGUGGAGCACGAUAUGGCACCUUCGCCAUCAACACCAGCAUCAAGGCCAAGAACAAGACCUGAUGAACCUGGUAUCGUGCAGCCUGCCCAGAACCUCGACGAGAUGGAUGAGAAGAGCAUAGCUGAUCUCAAGAGAACAGAAGAUGCCUUGAGGAAGUUGAUGAGAUUUGUCGAAAGCCUCACAGAAUACAAGACGAACAUCUAUGGUUGGCUGAAGAGAAAUGGCAAGUGGCGAUUCUUCCCUCGUGAGGAUGAUCAUGCAACGAAGAUCAUGUUGUGGGUGCAGCACAUCUACAAAGGUUUGAGCAAGCAUCAAGUCCAUGGAGCUCUACUUGGACGAAGCUUGCGGAACAUCAAGCCUCCAUCGAACACAGUUGGUCAUCUCAUCUCAUGGAUUCAUGGAGGACAAGGCUACGCCGUGCAAGAGCACUUCUCCGACGGAUUCUUGAAGAUGAAGAGGGUUUCCAACUACUCUCGUGAAGAGAUGUGCACCAUCUACUUGUUCCAUUAUCAUCCUGAUCCUGUGGAAGAGCCAGCAAGUCAGUCGACCAUCAACAAGGAUGACGACAAGAUGGACGUCAACGUUCCCGAUGACAGAGACGGCUACAUGAUCAGCCAGCAGGAGUUUUCAGAAAAGAUUACACCUGCACCUGUCCCUGCAAGAGAAGAUGAUUCCAGAUUGACACCAGCAGAAGUCUCAGAUCUGCGAUCCAUCCUAGGAGCACUUCUUUGGGUGACAGCGACACGGCUGGACGUGAUUGCGGAUGUUUCAGCACUACAAUCACGAGUGACAGUAGCAGAGGUCAAGGAUUUGAAGCAGGCAAACAAUGUGCUCAUGAAGGUGAAGGAGUUUGCAGAUGUUGGUUUGCACUACCGCUACUUCAGGACAAAGCAUCGACGACUAGUUUGCUUUCAUGAUGCUUCGGCAGCCAGCAAGGGCCGGAACUAUGCCCAGGAAGGUGUAGUCAUUGCUUUGGCCGAUGACGAAUGGCGGAACAUCACGAUUGACUUUGAGCACACCUGCGAGACUGAGGAGCACGAACUCAUGCUCAGCGAGAUGCUCCAUCCUCAACAUCCUCCAUCGUUGAAGGACCUCAUCAAGAUCCAGACAGCUGGAAAUCCAGAGAUGCCUCUGGACAUGUAUGGAGAUGCUAGAGAUGUCUAUGAGCUCAUCACAGGCAGCAAGACGAUGCCUCAGGACAAGACACAGCGGCUCUACGUUUUGUCCAUAAAGGAAGCACGAUUGGAUGGCAGAGUUCGAAUGGUGACGUUGGUCCCAACGAACUACAUGCUUGCCGAUUCCCUCACCAAGUCCAUGGUCCAUGAAAUGAUGCUGAUGUUGUUGACAACAGGUUUAAUCAGACUGCAUGGAGUGGAGAAGCAUCCAAUUGUGACAAGGGUUCUUCCGACCAUCGACUUUGACGAGCACGACCUUAUGCUGAAGGACGAGGAGAUGAUCCUGAAGGCAGAGAAGGAUGAGAGCAUGGUGCGAACGACACAUGCUUCAGUGCUUGUGGGACUGGCAGCGUUUGCCACUUCCAAGAAGAUGCUGGCGGCGAUGAUGCCGACUUUAGCAUUUGGAACUUUGGUGGAUGCGCAAUCCACUGAACCGGAGAAUCAAGAGCAGAAGAGCUACUUCUCCGUGUACCUCAUGAUUUUCAUCACGGUGAUUUUGGCGGUGAUGCUUGAGAGAAUGGUGACAAGUUGGAUGAGCAAGAAGAGAAGAGUCCAACAUGUGAAGAUCGAGUCCGACGACGACGAUGACAUGGAUGUCGAUCAAGAAGGAGAUCAACCAUCAUUCUCAGGAGCAUCCUUCCAACGGAAGAGGAAAGCAAGUCCUCGAGACACAUGGGAAGAUCUUGCACGAAAGGUCAUUGACGAGAAGGAGACGCUGAAGCGAAAGAACAAGAAAAGCGAAGAAGAUGCACACCUACAGCAACAGGAGAUCGACAGCCUCAAGUUUGACAAUGAAUGGUGGAAAGAUAAAUAUGAGAAGCUUGAGGAGAAGUACGAUGACAAGGACUUCGAGCUGAAGAACCUCAAGAAUGACAUGACAGUGGUCAAUGCAAGGAAAAUGGUGCUCGAAUCUACGGUCAGCGACAUGAGAGCUGGACUAGUGAAGCUUGAAGAUGAGAAUGCCGAAUUGAAGAUGAAGCUGGACAGAAAGACAGCAGCAUCAUCGGAGAGACCAGCACCGCUGACACCAAGGAUCACGGACAAUGCCGAGAUGGCCGGCGAGAUCGAGAAGCUGCAGAAGAUGGUCAAGUUCAAGGACCAGGAGAUCAUGAGACACCUGGCUCGCAUCAAGAGCUUGGAGCUGCCGGAAGCCAUCUUCAUCACGAAGACUGGCAAGAAGUUCCAUCGAGAAGGAUGUCCACAUCUGAGAGAGGGCGAACAUGUGAGGCCAAGAGAAGCCUUUGGCAAAUGCAGCAGCUGUUGCGGCUGA